AUGUGUCACUGCACGGCCAGAGACAGCGAGAUGAUCGUGGGAGACAAGACUCACAUCCAUCUGUACGAGCAGGGCGGCUGCGCUACCGUGGCAGGCGUGCACGCGCGCGUGGCGCCGAACAAGCCAGACGGCACCAUUGACCUGGAUCUGCUGCGCGCCAUGGUGCGCUCUGAGAACGUCCACUACCCGGUCACGAAGCUCAUCUGCCUGGAGAACACGCACAACUGCUGCGGCGGCAAGGCGCUGCCGCUGGACUACCUGGAUCAGGCCGCGGAACUCUCCCGCGAACUGGGAGUACCUCUGCACAUGGACGGGGCCAGACUGCCCAAUGCUGCCGUGGCGCUCGGUGUGCCAAUGUCGCGAAUCCUCCGCGGAUUUGCAUCCAGCACGCUGUGCCUGAGCAAGGCGCUGUCGGCCCCGGCGGGCGCGCUGAUCGUCGGCUCAGCGCAGUUCAUCAAACAGGCGCGCCGCACCCGGAAGGUUCUGGGCGGCGACAUGCACCAGGUGGGUGUGCUGGCCGCUGCUGGCCUGGUGGGCGUGGAAGUCAUGUGUGACCGCCUGGUGGACGAUCAUCGACGGGCCCGCACGCUGGCCCAAGCGAUCAACAGCUGUGGCCAGCCCGGCGCCUCCGUGGACCUGGAGAACCUGCACAGCAACAUCGUGCUGCUGGAGCUGGACCCGGCUGUUAUACUGCCCCGCCAGUUCUGCCAGAGAAUGCGAGAGGUGCCACCUGAGGAGCUCCAGGCGCUGGGGGAGCAGGUGGUGGUGCGCAUGUCCCCUCUGUCCGCCUCAAACGUGCGCAUGGUGCUGCACGCCGACGUGAGCGACGCAGACGUGACGAUCGUAGCGCAGAAGCUGGUGUUGGUUAUUCGAGGUCUGGGCGAUGGCCGCCAGACGCCGGAGAGCGUGACGCCGCUGCAGCAGACCGCCAGGGUCAUCGCAGAGUAG